AUGGCGCCCCUGUGGUUGGCCAGUUUUCUGCUCGCGUCUCGUGGCGAAAAGCCAUCUUUAAAUAGUUGAAUUUUGCCAGCAUUCUUCCUCUUUGAAACCGUCCUCGCCACAUCCAAGUUCCCAUCAGCCUAGAAAUCAUGUAUCUUCUGCUGGCAUCAACGCUCGCCACUCUGGUGGCCUUCAGCAGUGCCAACAAGAACUUCACCGUGACCUCAGAGGUCGUGUUUGACCUUGAAGUGAAGAACUACAACGGCAAUGGUGACGACAUCAACGGCAAGCUGGUUAUUGGGCUCUUCGGUGAGACAGCACCCGUGGCCAGCUUGAACUUCAAGACACUGUGUGAGGGAUACAAGAGACCUAAGGAGGCCAAGAUCAGCUACAGAAACACAUACUGCCACAGACUCGUCAAAGACAUGCUCAUCCAAUGUGGUGACGUCUUCGGUCUGGACGGUAGAGGAAGUACCAGCAUCUACGGCGAAUACUUCAACGACGAGAACUUCAUCAUCAGCCACACCAGCGGCGGCAUCGUCAGCAUGGCCAACAAAGGCCGCGACACCAACGGCUCUCAGUUCUUCCUCAGUCUGGGGGCCUCCAGAUUCUUCGACAAGAAACACGUUGCUUUCGGCAAAGUCGUUAAAGGCUACCAAUACCUGAUGGCCAUCAACAGAAUGGGCGCACAAGAUAAGGACCAGAAGCCCAAGAGACCCAUCCGCUUCACCGAGUGCACCGUCAACGAGGUCAAGAAAUACGAGCUCAGCGAGAAGGACAUGAAGACAGACGACCUUGAAGGCAUCGUCUCCUGGUAGAUCAGCCAAUCAUUGCACCUUUUCUAGUCACGUGUAUCACGAUGUGUUAUGACGUCACAUGAUGACGUGUCCUAUAUAUGUAUGCCCUAGCUUAGUCUGUCUUGUGUGUGUGAGGAUGGGUGCGUGUUGUGAAUGACCAAAUGAGAAAUAUUGUUGUGAUUGUCCCAUUCAAUAAAAGUAAUCCAUCGUUACGGCUUCAUCCGUAUGAUCACGUAUUAAUACAUUCAAUAAACUACUUUAUUACUCAUAA